CGUUUAUUCAACUGUCUCACAUGACAGUAAAUUAAACAAUGUUUGGGGAGCUUUGAUUGCCAUCUUCGCAGCUCUUGGACACGUAAACGAUAAAUCGAUUCCUUGUCUCGGCUCAGUGCCCCGGAGCAGUGAGCGGGGAGUAGUGAAUGACAGGCUGAGCCCCGUGGAGCAGCUCUGGUCUGAAUUAGAGACGGACGCAGCGCCGCCCUCUGCAGAGCGCAGCGGCUUCACUCAGGAAAUUUAAACACCGAAGCGUCCACAACGCGGACGCACGCAUCUUCUCCGCUCCAAGGUGACCGAAUCGGCAGCCCGCUCAGGACACGCGCUCCUUCGCACCCUCUCAAGCAAAACGCUGAGGUGGACCAGUGAUGCCACCCCCAGUCGCAAAUCCUCCCGCUGUAAGCCCGCCAGACGGCGGGUGGGGAUGGGCCGUGGUGUUUGGGUCGUUCAUCUCCAUCGGCUUCUCCUACGCCUUCCCCAAGGCCAUCACAGUGUUCUUCAAAGACAUCCAGAUCAUCUUUGAAGUUUCCUACAGCCAGAUCGCAUGGAUCUCCUCCAUCAUGCUUGCAGUAAUGUAUGCUGCCGGUCCCAUCAGCAGCAUACUGGUGAACACGUACGGCUGCAGGCCCAUCGUCAUGAUGGGGGGCUGCUUGUGCGCCGUAGGGAUGAUCUUGGCUUCCUUCUGCACCAGUGUGGUGCAGCUUUAUAUCUGCAUAGGAGUUAUCGGUGGACUUGGCCUAGCCUUCAACCUACAGCCAGCGUUGACUAUGAUAGGCAGAUACUUCUUUAAGAAGCGUCCUAUUGCUAAUGGACUCGCCAUGGCUGGCAGUCCAGUCUUCCUCAGCACCCUGGCUCCUCUCAACCAGUACCUCUUCAAUAAAUUUGGCUGGAGAGGCAGCUUUCUCAUCCUGGGUGGGCUGCUGCUGAACUGCUGCGUGGCCGGUUCCCUCAUGAGGCCACUGGGACCGCCGCCUGGCAAGGUGAAGAAGGAUGAAGAGCUGACCAUCAUUGCCGCCACCACCACAAAAGAGAAGCGCACUCUCUGGCAAAUAGUCAACAAGUACCUGGACUUGACGCUCUUUAAGCAUCGUGGCUUUCUCAUUUACCUGUCAGGGAAUGUCAUCAUGUUUCUGGGGUUCUUCGCACCAAUUGUCUUCCUUGCUGCAUAUGCCAAAGACAUGGGCGUGGAUGAAUACUCUGCUGCCUUCCUGCUGUCAAUCCUUGCUUUUGUUGACAUGUUUGCCAGGCCCUCCAUGGGGCUACUGGCCAACUCACGCUGGGUCCGUCCCAAAAUCCAGUACUUCUUCAGUUUUGCUGUGCUGUACAAUGGGGUGUGUCACAUUCUCUGCCCACUGGUUGAAAGCUAUACCGGCUUGGUGGUCUAUGCAAUUUUCUUUGGCUUUGCCUUUGGCAUGGUCAGCUCAGUACUGUUUGAAACAUUGAUGGACCUAGUUGGACCACAGAGGUUCUCCAGUGCUGUGGGACUCACUACCAUUGUGGAGUGCUGCCCAGUUCUCAUCGGACCACCAUUAGCAGGGAAACUUGUUGAUGUCACCAAAAAUUACAAGUACAUGUACUUCUGCUGUGGAGCUGUUGUGAUCCUGGCCAGCAUUUGGCUGUUCAUCGGAAACUUUAUUAACUACAGACUCUUGGAGCGCGAGCGCAAGCAAGAAGAGAAGUACAAACGGACUGAGACGGAAGAUCCAGACCGAGUUCAGGAUCAAAAGGAGGUUGAUGGUGAAGCCCAGGCAUCAGAUGAACUGGUCAACAAAGGUGAGAAAAAUGAGGAGCCGAUGCAGCGGGAAACCAACAUCUAGGUUGAUCUACUCUGCCAAUACCUCAUCGUCUUCACCACUGCAAACAUGCAAAACCCUCAACUACGAUCAAACAGAGUCCAAAGCCAAGAGGUUCCUCUCGGUGUUCUACCAGGCUCUAUUGGGGGUCCUCUGUACUUUAACGACUGCCAAAGCAUCAAUUGUGUUGUAGGAGGCUUUGAGGCUUGAUAUCUGUUUGUCCAAGAACAAGCUGUGAGUGUAACAGAAAUAAUAACUGGAGAGUAAAGUGUAACAUAUUGUAUGCAUGUGAAGAGGCUAAAUACCAGGAAAUGCUCGUGCAAAACACACUAGUACUAACUGUAUUUUCUUUUUUGCCACAUUCAACUCAUAUCGGAUACACCAUGAAGGCUGAAACUGGUGAAUUGACACCUUCACGACAGACAUCCAGUGGCACGCACUAUGGUUCUAUCUUGCAGAACUGUGUCAACUGAGAGCAAACAUAGCAGCAAAUCCCCACAUUGGCAGAUUAUUAGAAAAUUACUUCAGUUUACCACCAGACAACCAGCCCUGCUUUAGAAAGGCAGUAUCUACUAUAGGUUAUGGCAUUCUAUUCUUCCUACUGUGUCUUCCGAUAAGACCUGAAUGCAAAAUCAGUGUGCUGCCACUGUUCCAACUGCACCAGCAAACUGGAUCGACAUGUUCACGAUAACAUCAGCCUUCUUCACAACAUACUAUGUAUACAGUUAAAGGUUAAGCUAAUGGGGGGAGGCAGUGAAAGGAUUUCAUGGUGGUUAGAAAGACAUUUCCAGAUCACUGGUUCAACUGCCAGUAUCUAUUGUUGGUGAACAGCACUGAUCCCUAAGUGGAUGUUCACCCCACAGGUAACCUGGUUUAUUUGUUGUAGCUUCUGAUUACACAAACUGUGCAGCUAAGGCAUUAGCAUAUACAGUUGACCAGGAAAAGCAAUUCAAGUAACUCUUAUUGGGCAUACCGAUGGAUAUGUCCUUAAAAAAUGAUCUUGCGAAGACUUUGAAAGCUGUUGUGUUUCAUAUGGCUAUUGGGUGCCCUAACAUUCCCACUUCCAUAACUAAAGAACAGAUGUGUUCUCAGCUAGUGACACUGGCGCCGAUGUAAUAUGCGGCCCGCCUGAGCACUGUAAUACUGUGCAGUAAAACCUGCACAAAUGUCCCACUUUAAUAGUUUUGAUGAAGUCAUAAAAUGCUGCAUUAAAUGUCUUGGGUUCCAUAUUCUCAUACUCUCAUCUACAGCAUGCUGCUCUUAAAAUAGUAGUGGCCACACUUCAUCCCAAACAUCUUUAUGAAAUUGCUGCAAUGAAUGAAGUGAAUUUAAUUACAGUUGAAUGUAAUUUCCUCUUUGGGCCUUAAUAUGGUAUUAAUGACCAAAAACAUCUGCAUAAUAGUGGUUAUCUAUAGAUGGAGCCCAUGAGCAAUAGACUCUUUGAUAUUAUAAAGCCAAUAUAUAGGGAAUGGUAUUUCCAGUGGCCAGUGACGGUCCAUUCUGUGAUACAUUGCCUUAAAUGUACUGCAGUGUAAUGAGUGCAGGGGAGUUGUACAGCAAAUACUUGAUAGUAUUAUAUGAAGCUGAUAAACCUAUGUGUAAAAUGUGACCUGUUUUAUUUGCUGUGAUUACCUUUUUUGUUUUUCAAUCAGUGUAAUCUGGUCCAUUUGUCUCCUCACAUGUCUGUACUGGAAUGUCAAAGCUUUAAGUAACUGUGUUGUGUAAAAUGUACCUUCCCCAUGAACUAAUUCACUAACAGAAGCCACAACAGUAUGUUAAAUCAUCUGAAGGAAUGCCAUUGACACAACUAAUUAAUGAAUGCUAACCAAGUCUUCGUGUCUAGUGUGCACCCUAGUAUGCUGGAUGGCUGCAUCGAGCAACUGUCUGUCGCUGUAAAUGUCAAUACUCUUCAAUAUUCUAUCCAUUCCACGUGUUAGUAUUUGUAAAUGUCACCCUGCUGUUCUAUUGAUCAGUUUGGAGCUGAAAUCCGUCCAAACGGCGUCCUGUCUCAGAUGUCCUAACAAAGCCAAAUGCAUUUUAAUAACAAACGGAAUUGAAUUUUUCAAAGCAAUCAUGAACAAAGAAAAAAAAAAAUACACACACACACACACACACAUUACUGUCUCUUUUUCUCCCUGCUUUGAAUAGUUAAAUGCGUAUUCAUGAAAAUAGAUGUCCAGCUGCGUGGCAGUGGCUCAGCCUGCAUCUCAUCUUCACCCGGCACCGCUGUGAAAUCCACUGUGGUGCGGUUUACGGGGAAAUCAGAUAAAUUAGCUGCUGCUUUGUUUGGCCGCAUAAAUCCUGCAGGAUGUCGGGUGUCGGAGGAAGAUCAGCGAGAGCAACUGCCAUGCUGUUUAUUUACUAGAUUUGCACACUACAUAGCUCUUUGGUUUAUCUGAGCAUUUCUUUCUUUCUUUUUUUUUAUUUUAUUUGGUGGUGGUGUUGGGGAUCUAGACUGGGUGUCACUUAUAUUUCCACUUUGGGAUGAGUGCGUCUUGAAUGUUAAGGUUAUCACUUAUUAGAAAAUUUUGGUUCACCAGCAUUUCAUGCCGAUAUUACAUGGUAUUUUUCUAUUGCCACGUCUGCAUCGUUCUGUAUAACUUCAGUUGAUGACCAACUUUGAAACCUUGUGAAUGUCACUUUAUCCUGCUUGCACUCAGCACGUGGAAAGAGGGACUCCUGUCAUUCACUACACUGAAACAGACUGCUGUACAAUCAUUUUCUACCAAAUAACACUGCCCCCUACUGGUUUCAAACCACCUAGACCAAAAGGUAAAGCAAGUUAAAGGUAAACUUUCCCACAAACCUGAAGGAUAGCAGAAUUCCAUCACAUUUUUCUUGAUAUCACAAAUAAUAAUGGCAUGUUGAGCACAACUAACAGCUCCCUCAAAGGCCUUGAAGGAGGAAUUUGAGCUGUCAGGGCCAUUAACGGGAAAAACUUUUACUGACUUCAAAAUCUGAGAAAGAUUUAAAAAAAAAAAGAAAAAAAAAAGGAUAAAAUCUGUCAUGACACAUGCUUGACAUUUCAUGGUAUUCUCCGAAACCAUGAACUCACGACAUUUAAUGUAUUUUGGCUUAUAAAGUUUAUCCUAAAAAAAAGGGGAAAUGAGUUAUAAUUGAAUCCAAAUGUAGGAAUUUGAUUGAAUGACAUGCACCACUAGCCUUAUCCGUUUUAUUGCGUAGCAUCUAAUUUAUUCAUGUGUGUAUUAAAAAAAAAAAAGUUUGCUUAACACCAAAUGAAGUGUAGAGAUUAAAUUAAUAUUAAAUGCCAUCCUGUAUUAUUUAAAAAAAAAUAAAAAUCAAUGAUUAUAGUACUUUCAUUUAUUUUCCCACAUAGUGGAUAAAUGUGCAGAUUGGAAGACAUCUGGAUAACUUUUGUUUUUUGGGGUCAACGUGGACAGCCCCUGAAAUGACAGUUGGAUGACGGUUUCAACAAAGAGGCAGAAAUACAAUUGUUCGAACACAGAGGGAGAAGCCAAAGCUUUUCUAGAAUUUGAGGGAAACUUUUCUUUCCUUUAAAUGAUCUGUUUUCACUAAAUUAUGCAUUGGGCCUGGAGGUGCUAGAAUAAAACGGAAUAUUUUCUUUUGUAUCAGAAUUUAGGGACACCGAUAAAUUUGCGGAUUCACGUUUCUCCAUAUUCAAAUUUGAAUUCUGUUUGGAUCAUUUCUGCCUCCAUGAGGUGUUUAUUAUUAUUGUUAUUUUUUUUAUUUUUUAUUUUUUUCCAAUCUGCAGAAUGAAAUCUUCCAACGUGCAUAUCAAAACCAAUACAAAACGAAGACGAGCGUGUGUUGGUGUUGAUCGUAUACAAGGUGGUUUGCUACUGGGAGGCUGAAGGAUUGUAACAUUUCUGGCUGUUUAAGCUAACUGUGCCUUAUUGUGCUACACUGACUAUUAUGACCACAACACUUAGGGUUAAUUUCCGUCCUGGCUUGUCCCGAAUGUACGUUUACAAAUCACUUCAGUCUUUUGUCUCUCUUUUUUUUUUUUCUCUGUAAUUAUGCAACUUGUGCCGCUACACAUAAAAAAAAAAGUCACUUCCAUCUUUAAAUCACAUACAAACAAAUAAGCUGUUCAGCCCUGAGUCUAAUCUCAGUAUUUAUCACUUGUUCAGUCUGGCAAGUUUUAUGAUGUGUUGUGUUUAUGGGGUUUUGAACACAUAGUUUGUGUAUGCGUGUAUGUUUUUGGAUCUCUCGUACUAUAUAGUUUGUCUCAGCAGUGAACUCAGUCCACGAUGUCCUUCCAGUAGCAGACAUACUGUGUGCUUUCUCAUCAGGGUAACUGUACUGUAUGGCAUUAAAUCCUUUUCCUCAGAUUGUGUCAGUCUUUCCACUACCUCUGCGACCACAGUGUCAGAGUUAGGAAAAGAACCACACGGGUAUAGACAAAACAAAUGAUGUUUUUGUAACUCUGAUAUAAAGGCGUCACCUAUCACACUGUAGCUAAAUAAAGUAUAUAUCCAAAUAAACCAUUGGGCCUCGACUGAUUCAUUGUUUAAGUCUGUGAGUUUAAUGUGAGUUCAAAGCUACAAUACAGAGGGUUUGUUUUAUUUUUGUUAAAACUGAAUGUUCCCUGUUGUUGUUUUUUCUUUUGACGGGCAAAAUGUCCAAAUUAAACAAUUUAAUAUAC